AAUAUUAUGGUUUUUGGAGGUUUUGUAACUUGUUUCCUAGAACGAUACCAUGAUGAUUUGUAUUCAACCAGCUGAUCUCUAGUGAGGGGUUCGCACCCGUGUGGGUGGAUUGUGAUGAAGCGACGUCUACGAGUGCUGUGAUUGGGCGUCCUCCCCAGUGAAAUGUCUUCAUGAGCAAGGCGCAUUCUCUUUGCAUGCAGCAAGAAAUUCAGCUGCGCUUUCUCGGUCCAGAUGAUGUGGAUGAGGUCAAGAAAUUGUGUGCAGAAUGGUUUCCCAUAGAGUACCCCGAGUCUUGGUACAAUGACAUUACAUCCUCUCCGCGGUUCUAUUCACUCGCAGCUACGUAUCAUUCCAGAAUUAUUGGACUCAUUGUCGCAGAGAUUAAAUCCAAGGCUAAACUUAUGAAAGAGGAUUCUGAUAUUUUGGCAUCGUAUUACCCGGCCACUGUCCAAGUGGCCUACAUUCUGAGUCUGGGAGUGGUGGGAGACUUCAGGAGGAAUGGAAUUGCAUCCCUUCUCCUGGAUAGUUUGCUGUCCCACCUGUCGACCAAAGAGAGAUCCAACUGUAAGGCUGCGUACCUCCAUGUCCUGUCGACCAACAUCGUGGCCCUCAAGUUUUACGAGCGUCGCAACUUCACGGCUCACAGCUUCCUCCCGUAUUACUACUCAAUCCAGGGCAAACCACGGGACGGGUACUCGUACGUGCUGUACAUAAACGGAGGACAGCCACCGUGGUCUGUGUUCGACUACAUCAGCCACUGUGGGAGUGCUAUCACCAAGCUGCAGCCAUGUGCGUUUCCUCGUCACAUCUACACCGCAGUUCAGAAUUUUAUACAUAGACUACUAAACCCGUCAAAACAACCAACAUCCCUGAGCCACACCAGCUGAUGUCAUCAUCUGCACGAGAAACUACGGACAUGACAGCCACACACUGUUUUAAUUUACAGUUUACAGAAUUUGUUUCCCGCGGCAAUUUUAAAAAGAAUUGUGAUGAGUGAAACAGCCCACUGAUGGCAAUGGUGAGGCUGGCUGCCUAUGGAAAUCAUUUUUAAAAGUGACAUUUGCAGCAAAUAAACAUGACAGAAAAGUUAUUUUGCUGUAUACAGCCAUAUUUCAAAUGUGCAACUAUUAAGUAUUGGCAGAUAAUGUACUCCCAAGUUUAUACAUUUUGCCAUUGAUGAGGAUACUCUCUACCUAUGGCAAUUUAUUUCUCAACAACGGCAAUUGCUGCCAGUGCCAUUGUUAAGUUUGAACCCUGUACUAUCAUGACAGCCACUCUCUGUUUUAGUUUACAGUUAGCUGUACCAUGGAGACGGCUGCUCACUGUUUUAGAUUGCAGUUAGCUGUACCAUGGAGACAGCCGUUCACUCUUUUGGUUUACAGUUAACUGUACUAUCUUGACAGCCACUCACUGUUUUGGUUUACUGUUAUCUAUACAAUCAUGACGGUCACUCGCUGUUUUAGUUUACAGUUAGCUGUACCAUAGAGUUAGUCACGCACUGUUUCAGUAGUGGCCAGUGGAAACCAGCCACUCAGUUUUAUUAUCAAUCUGUCAGUGUUUUAAUUUACAGAUAUAGUUGUAUCUUGGUGACAGUCAUUCGUAGUUUUAAUUUUACAGUUCUAUUAUCAGCCAGUUACACUAUCACUAUGUGAUGAUACAGACAGAUUACUUUGCACCAUUGUCAGUCGCCAUUUAAUUACUGACAAAAUUGUAUAUUGUUUUGGUUGCACAGUGUGAUGUCAGAAGCAAGUCAGUUGCACUGGGUUUUGUAUUUAAUGAACAUCUGUUUUGCUAUUUUGUACAGACCAGUGUUAAAAACUGAUUCUAUCAAAAUUUGAUUUGUUAUACAAGUCAUUGUUUGUGCUGUGUGUUGUUAGGAAUAUGAAGUCAUUUCAAACAGUUAACCAAAAUAUACCCAGAUGAUUUGUACACAAGUGAAAACAUACUCUAGUCAAAGAUAUAAAAGUGUUUGAUGUAUAUAUUAUGGAUUUAUAUCGACCGAGUGUACAAAUUCUAUUGCCGCGUUGGAAGAGAUUUAUAUUGAGAGCAAGUUCAGUUUGCCUGCUCAUGUUACAUUUUAAACUGUUAUUCUGUUUACCUGUAAAAGUACAUGUACUUUGUACUUUAUCAUCUUACAACAGGUAUAUCAUUUCUGGCUAAAACUUACGUUGAAGUAAUAAUUCCUUCACAUUUAGUUGUGUGAGAUUUAUUCCUGAAUGUAUAAUCCCCUACGAAUUUGCUGGGAACUCUCCGACCCAAGGUUCUCAAAUCAUAUCAGGAAAUGAGUAAAUUCUCACGUCUGUGAUUAUUCGAAGUGUUCUGACUUGAUGAUUCAGUAAAAUGUAUUUUUAGAAAAUACUUUUAAAAUCUUAGCAUCAUCAAAAUUCUACUAUGUGCCAAAACGGUCAUGCCAGUACACUGUUAGGCUUUCUGCCAGAAAAUAAUUUGAAGGUACGUAAUGAAGACAAAACGGACCAUAAGUGCUUCUUCUAUGAGUUUGAAUUGUUUUGAAUUUGGACACUGCUGAGAACACUAGGAGAUAAAGAAUGGAAUACUCUAAACAUAAAACUUUUAAGUUUUACCCUGAAAGUUAAAAGUUUGUUUCGAUUGAUGACGCCAUCAGAGCACAUUGGUUUCUUGAUUAUCAGCCAUUGGAUGUCAAACAUUUGAUAAUACUGACAGUCUUAGAGAAAACCUGCUAAAUCUUGUAUAUUCACAGCAUAUGCCUAUACUAUGGCCUUUGAUAUAUCAGUUAUGGGGUACUGGUAAAAGUACUGGUAAAACCCAGUCAGAAAAUGGGUCCCAUGAUGUUUGAUCCUUGGGCCAAAGCACCUUUCACCCAGAAAUAUACUCUAAUGUAAGAUGACUGCACUAUUAGGCGAUUCCUUCGAUGUAGUUGACGUACAUGUAGUUGUUAAAUAUAUUAUUUUUGUUUGACAUCCAAUAACGGAUAAUUAAUUAAUCAGUGUGCCUUAGUGGUGUCAAACAAACUUUUGAAACUUUUCUAACUUACAUGUAGUCCAUGACAAGAAAUCCACCUUUUCACAUUUGUUAUAUUUUACUAUUAUGGCUAAUGAGAUGGGAACAUUAACAAGUGCUAUACAAGGAAUACUUUGUUUCAUGUUGCAUCACUAAUUCUUGUAAUACCAAAAACAUAUUGCAAAGUGGCGGAAUCCACAUUUGUGUGCCUCAUAUGUUUAAAAAUUUUUUUAAAAAAAAAUCAAAUUCUUCCCCAUUACAGGGAUUAUACCACUAUUGCAGCCAAUAAGACACAUGUAUAUAGGUGUUAAAUUUAUUUCUGUUAAAAGGUAAUGCCCCUUUUCUUUAUUUUAUUGGAAUUGGAGGUGCUUUGACUGUUACAGGUUGGUUAUCAUGCUGAAGGUUUAGUGAGAGUAGUUUCCUUUUUCAGACAGCUGGACAUAAAAAGUGGCUGUAGCUUUCAAUAAAAUAAUGUUUGCAAAUGGCACAAUAAGCAGCACAUGAAAUAUCAAAUAAAUCACAAAUAUUAAUGAAUAAAUAAAAUAUUUUUCCUUUUUAAAGAAACAAACAAACAUAUAUUUGAUUUUCCACACCAUUGACUUACAGUCGACCGAAUGGUUAUUGCCAUUAAAGGGACAUUCCUGAGUUUGCUGCAAUUUUUAAGAUGUUAUCGACUAACAGAGACUUUUUGACGGCUUUAAUUACAUAUCAAAUGUAUUUAUCUGCAUAA